GCCACUAGAGGCCUCUCAUCCUCAACACCGAGCUGGAAGCCAACACCCGUCUUGUGUGUCCACACACACACACACACAAACAGACACACACAACCCGCAGAUAACAAGGCAUCCCUGCAUCAACUAACCGGAGGAAAGGCUCCUGGCAAACGACGCGUUAGGCGUUAGGACACAAGGCGCCAUGCUGAGGCCUGCGGAGGAGACGACAUUCGGUACAAGAUGAGCAGCGGCAGCAAACGAGAGAGGGAGCAGAGGAGGAAGCUGCAGCACUUCCUGGGCGACCUGGCUCUACUGGGGUCGCUGCAGGGCUUUAAAUACUUCCAGCCUUGGCUGAGAGGGAAAGAGGAGCUGCUGCUGACCGUUGUUAACGAAGAUCUGGGUUGGCGCUCCCCGGGCUUUGUGGUCUCCAGGGCCUCCCCCUACUCCUCCACCAGCAGCAGCAGCAGCUGCAACAGCAGCGACGUCUCCCCCAGCAGCAGCUCCCCCAGCCUGGACAGCCACAGCAGCUCCCCCCUGCCCGGGGAGCCUCGGGGCCCCCCAGGCCCCCCGGGGCCGCCGUCACAGUCACAGUCACACACCAAGGCGCAGCCACACACUGUCAGGGAGGCCAGCGGCGAGGAGCAUCUCCUCCCAGCCUCCCCCAGUGAGAGAGAGAUAGCGGUGCCUGAGGUGAACUGCACCCUGUUCUUGCUGGCCGGGUACGUCCGCUACGGGCGCCCCUACGCCUGGAUCCGCUCCAACCACGAGCGCCUGGUCGACAUCGGAGGCACCGAUUCGCUGGUCAAGGACACGCCCAUGAAGCUCAGGUCCAUCGCGGACUGGCAGAGGCGGGGUAUUCGCGCGUGGGACGUCGUCAGCGAGCUGGUGUGUCUGUGCACCGUGCCCUCGCCCUCCAACCCCUUCGCCCUGGACGCGCGCUACAUCCAAGGCCUUCCCCUGCGCGAGCGCUUCCUCGUGACCGGCGCCCUGCUGAGCUUCCUGGAGAUGUACGUGGUGCACGGAGACCGGGACGAGUUGCACUACGACAAAGUGGUGGAGGAGGUGAAGCCUCUGAGGCGUCUGCACGUCCGCUCCCUGCUGGAGUUCCAGCGGCAGAGGCAGAGCUCAUCUGCCGAGGAGACAUCAUCUGUGCACUUUCACUGA